AAUCUACAGUACACCUUAUAAUCCGGUGCGCCUUAUGUAUGUAUUUAACCAGUCAGGUAUUAAGGAGCAGUGAAGCCACUCUGCUGAAGAGAAGUGUUACACAGGAGUUUCAGUUUUGUUCUCCAGCAGUAUUAGCAUUAGCUGCCAACCGUGCUAAGCAAAGUGCUCUUUGGCCAUACAGAGGUGAGGUAUUAUCGGCCUGUAGCGUGCUGCUGACUCCAGCUAGCACUGCUGAAGCAGCAUUAGCAUUAGCUGCUAACAACAGUGCCAGCUCUAGCUGUUCAGAGGAAACUAUAAUCUUACAUCUACAGAAGCGCUAUGGAGAUCUACAGAUAUACACCUAUGUUGGAGACAUCCUCAUUGCUCUGAACCCGUUUCAGAACCUGAGCAUUUACUCUCCGCAGUUCUCUAGGCUGUAUCAUGGGGCGAAGCGUUUGGAUAAUCCACCUCACAUCUUUGCCACGGCGGAUGCAGCCUACCAGGGCAUGGUGACCUUCUGCAAGGACCAGUGUAUAAUCAUCAGUGGGGAGAGUGGUGCUGGUAAAACGGAGAGUGCCCAUCUCAUCGUCCAGCAUCUCACAUUUCUUGGAAAGGCCAAUAACCGAACACUGCGAGAGAAGAUCCUGCAGGUGAACCCGCUGGUGGAAGCGUUUGGUAACGCAUGCACGGCUAUCAAUGAUAACUCCAGUCGCUUCGGGAAGUACCUUGAGAUGAAGUUCACCCCCACGGGUGCUGUCAUGGGUGCCAAGAUCUCUGAGUACCUCCUGGAGAAAUCAAGAGUCAUCAAACAAGCCAUAGGGGAGAAAAACUUCCACAUAUUUUAUUACAUAUAUGCUGGACUUUAUCACCAAGAAAGCCUGAAGAAGUACAGACUGCCAGAGAAAACUGCUCCCAGGUACAUAGACAGUGCAAAUGGCAAAGUAAUGCAGGACAUUGUGUCCAGCAAGUUGUACAAAGAACAAUUUGAUGCCAUUCAGGACUGCUUCCGCAUUAUAGGAUUUUCAGAAGAGGAGGUGAACUCUGUCUACAGGAUAUUGGCGGCUAUUUUAAAUACAGGCAAUAUUGAGUUUACAUCCAUCACCUCUCAGCACCAAACUGAUAAGAGUGAAGUGCCUAACUCAGAGGCCUUAGAGAACGCUGCUGCUCUGCUGUGCAUUGGACCAGAGGAGCUGCAGGAGGCGCUGACCUCUCACUGUGUGGUGACACGUGGCGAGACCAUCAUCCGCACCAACACAGUGGACAAGGCUACUGACGUAAGAGACGCCAUGUCUAAAGCUCUAUAUGGACGUCUCUUUAGCUGGAUAGUGAACCGAAUCAAUGCCCUUCUGCAGCCUGACACCAACAUGUGUGCAUCAGAGAGUGGAAUGAAUGUGGGCAUUCUGGACAUUUUCGGCUUCGAGAACUUCAAGAAGAACUCAUUUGAGCAGCUGUGCAUAAAUAUUGCCAACGAACAGAUCCAGUUCUAUUUUAAUCAACACAUCUUCGCUCUCGAACAGAUGGAAUAUCAGAGUGAAGGUGUAGAUGCCAGUCUGGUGGAGUAUGAAGAUAACAGGCCCAUCCUAGACAUGUUCCUGCAGAAGCCCAUGGGGCUGCUCUCCUUGCUGGACGAGGAGAGCCGCUUCCCUCAGGCUACUGAUCAGACGCUCGUUGACAAAUUUGAAGACAAUCUGCGCUACAAGUACUUCUGGAGACCAAAGCGUGUGGAGUUAUCCUUUGGAAUACAGCAUUAUGCUGGAAAGGUGUUAUAUGAUGUAAAUGGUUUCCUUGAGAAGAACAGAGACACACUCCCAGCAGACAUUGUGGUGGUUUUGAGAACAUCAGAAAACAAACUCUUGCAGCAGCUCUUCUCCAGUCCGCUCACUAAAACAGGUAACUUGGCCACUUCCAGAGCCAGAGUCACGGCAGCUUCCCGAUCUCUACCACCUCAACUCAGCGCCGGACGCAGUAAGUCUCCUAAAUACCUACUAAAGGUGGACACUAUGGAGAUGAUGAGACAUCCAGAAGAGACCACCAAUAUGAGAAGACAAACUGUAGCAUCCUACUUUCGUUACUCUCUGAUGGACCUGCUGUCUAAGAUGGUGGUGGGCACUCCUCACUUCGUUCGCUGCAUUAAACCCAACGAUGACCGUCAGGCUCUGCUCUUCCACACGGAGCGCGUGCUGCAGCAGCUCCGCUACACCGGCAUCCUGGAGACAGUCAACAUCCGGCGGCAGGGCUUCUCCCACCGCAUCACCUUCGGCGAGUUUGUUAACAGGUACUAUUACCUGGCUUUCCGUGCCCAUCAGAUGCCAGAGAGCAGUAAAGAAAACACAGUGGCUAUCCUGAAAAGAGCCAAACUGGACAACUGGGUUCUGGGCAAGACCAAGGUGUUUCUGAAGUACUACCACGUGGAGCAGCUGAAUCUGUUGUUGAGAGAGGUAAUGGCUCGAGUGGUGGUGUUGCAGGCCUACACUAAAGGCUGGCUGGGGGCGAGGAGAUACCGCAGAGAGAAGGAGAAGCGCAAUAAUGGAGCGAUUAUCAUCCAGUCAGCCUGGAGGGGUUACACUGCCCGACAGAACCUGAAGCAGGUUAAACGGGAGCGGGACAAGGCAGCAGUGCGGAUACAGUCAGCGUACAGAGGACACAGAGUCCGCAAAGAGAUCCGGCAUAGCCGCCAGCUCUCUUCAUCAUCCUCACCUUCAUCAGCCAGGGAAGACACACCUCACAGAACAGGCUCUGAUGGCCAGAACCGUAAAGAGGUCGGUCCUGUCAGGGCUGACAGACAGAGAGAUGUUGACAGUAAAGAGAAGAGCUCUGCUGAAGUGUCUGUGGUGAAGACUAGCGGGGACAGAGCUAUACAUCGCAGACAAGGUCCUGCAGGGAAGGUGCUGAAGCGUGCCCCUCGGCGUCGGGGCCAGCAGCCCAAGCUUCUGAACAGCCCGGAGGACAGUCUUUACUACAACCAGCUCAACAGAACUCUAGAUUACCAGGGGAGCAAGAGGAAGCCCAGAAAACUUGGGCAGAUCAAACUCCUGGACGGAGAGGACGAGUAUUAUAAAUUGCUCUCUACAGCGGAGUCCAUCCCUGAGGAAGAGUUCUCCUCCCCUCCUCCUCCUCCUCCUCCUCCUUCUUCCGGUCCCACUCCAGCUACGCCGCUUUCCAGAGGAGCACUGGUCAGUCAGAGCUGAACUGGAACACACUGCUGUGCCUCGGACUCAGCCUGAGCCUCAGCCCUGCCCACAGCAGAUUGCCUUCUUCAAUUCCCAACCAAUGAAUGGUAUUAACUACACUCAAAGUUGGGACAUUGUAUUUUAUAUAUUUGAUAUUUUUGAUUUUAUGAUUUUAAACAACUCCAUGUUUAUGAUUAUUGUAAAUACUGAAGCUGAAACUUUCUGUACUGGAUUUUUUUGUUGUUUGUAGGCAAAUGGCUGGCCUUUACACUUUAAAUAAUAAUAAGAAGAAUCUCUUUUUUGUUGUAAAAAGAGGAUUCUAAGCACCAGGUUAUGUGUUAUAAUUUUGUUUUGCUUUAGUUUUGUGAUAUUUCAGAAUUGUUCAAUUGAAUUUUAUUAGAUUUGUACACUCAUUGUUAUAUGUUUUUUUUUUUUUCAGUUUAUUCAGUCUGUAUGUAAAUGUUUCAGUGCUGUGACAGAGUUUCUGUAUGAUUCUACAUUCUACACUGAAACGAUUUAAACACACUGGUAGACUGAAUUUCUAAUUCUAGUAAAGGAGUAAUGGGGCUCUAUACUGCCUGUAUUUGUAGUUUGUGUAGUUGUUCAUUUACUACAGUCCAGUAGAGCACAGUCAAACUGGAAAUGCUUGCUAAGGUAACAUGCUAAAGUGAACAGUGAAGUUUGACAGGAUGUAAACAUGACUGAAAUUGUGUGUGUGUGGGUUGGGGGGCGUUGGGGGUGUAAAGUUGCCAGUCAUACUGUCAUAUUUAACAUGUUUGUACCACAUUAUCUGUUUGUACCACAUUAUCUGUUUGUACCACAUUAUCUGUGAGAAAUAAAGUUGUUUAAGAAGCUUCUUAAUGAAAGCUGGAUGUUAUUGC